UUGUGGCGGAUGACGGUGCGUUAAACACUAUACGGGUGGAAACAUCCUUUCCUGGUGUCCUGGGGCGGAUCAUUCGUGCUAUGUCAUUUCGUCCAUUCCGUGCAUCGGAACAGGAGCGCUUCAGACUGUCCGAACCAGCGAGAGCUUGCGUAUGCUGAUCGUUUUCUUUGACAGUGCUGAUCAUUUCCCACCCAGUAGGAAGUCCGAUUUUUUGUGACCAUCGUUAGGGAGCGUUUUAUUCGGCGGUUCCGGCCUGUAUGGGCAACGCAGACAUCCGGGCUAUCGAGCCUGCGAUAAGCUGCGACAGCAAUCCACCCCUAGACGAGCAACAACAAAGCAGUCAUUGUCAGGACGUUACGAAGGAGGUUCCGGGGCGAAAGGAGCGCUGCAAGGACAAUCGGGUGGUAACGUUCCAGCUACCACAAUCAGCUGAUGGUGCGAAUUUGGGCCGCGUUGGACGGUGGUACCAUGAAACGUUAGCACAUCGCAGUUACAUCGUCUGGCUGCACGGUGUUGUCGUGAGGGUCGCGAAUGUACUGCGCACCUUCCGGUCAAACUCCCGGAAACACGAUACCCACCGGAUACGGCCACUUGCACGCAUAUCCCGCAGACGGUGGCACCAAACGACACUGGAUAGUGAGACACAGCUGCUGAAGAGCUGUUGGCCGGUACCGCAAACCGAACGCCUGUUUCUACCCACAUUUCCGGUGGACGAGCGUCGCUCCGAGCGUUACGUUGAGCGGUCCCAUCUUGCGGAUGGUGCAUUCGGUCGGGUAUACGUCGUACAGGGCGCGUGUGAUAAUACAACUGUAGACGCCAUUCCCCAUCGGUAUGCUUUGAAAAUUUUACAAAAGUCCAACAUCAUUCUGUCUCACUCAGCUGGACAGGUAAGGGACGAGGUCAAGAUACAGACAAUCUGUGGACAUCAUCCGUUUAUAGUGCCGUGUAUCGAUUAUUGGCAAAAUCGUACGAGUAUAUUUCUGUUGUGCGAAUUCUACAGCAAUGGAGAAUUAUUUCACCGUCUAAAGUCCUUCACCGUUCAGUUGGUUCAGUUAUAUGUGGCGGAGUUAGCCUUAGCCCUUGAUUUUCUCCACAACGCUGGCAUCAUCUACCGUGAUUUGAAGCCGGAAAACAUACUACUUGAUGAUCAGUUUCACAUCAAAUUGACUGACUUUGGGCUCAGCAAGUGGCUUAGCAUCGGUGAUCGAACUACAACGCUCUGCGGCACAAUACAGUAUAUGGCACCUGAAAUUCUGCAAGGCGAACCGUACGGACACACUGUUGACUGGUGGGCCCUCGGGGUAUUGGCUUGCCGGAUGUACACAGGACGGUACCCAAACAUGGACCCGGCCGAGUAUUUAAGGGCAACGGCUGCUGGGCUGGACACCCAUCCAGCAACAGCAGCACGCACCUCGGCGUACGCUCCAACCGCAAUCAACACGUCGCGAGUGAAGCGACUAUUGCCGGAAUCGGUGGAUCGGUUAGUGCCAGAAGGACGCGAUCUACUCCAGCGUCUGCUCCAGCCAGAUCCAAAAGUUCGGUUACGGUCGCUGCUGCAACUGCAGCGCAUCGCCCUCUAUCAGCACUAUAGGUGGGAUGAUGUACGCCAGAUGAAGAUUUUACCGCGAGAUCUGUUCGAUGAGGAGUGCCUAACAGAAAUGGAGGAUAUCUCAUUUCCGGAAUUCUGAUAAACGAUCGUUUUGAUCGUGCCUGCACUUAUUAGAAUCUCAGCACGCACAUUCUGCUGCUACUGCGGAGGGAUUGUAACUACCCCCGCAAGAUUUGUUGCUUUGAUGUAUAGCGCGUCCAAUGAAACUGUACAGUAUUUAACGAAAGUAAUAUUUGUGCCUUUUAGGUGAUAUAUUGUGUUAGUACUUGGCUAGAUAUCUGGGUCACCAGAGGCGAAUGACUCAUGCGUAAUUCUGUUUUGCCUACACAUUGAAUUCAAUUCCUGGUCAGCAACGUCGCACACGGCGGCGGUGGCUGUGCGCAACCAUUAGCGUGCCUACAAUCAAGGCACGGAUAUAAUUGUCCCGGCCGAUUUAUUGGUGUGAAGAUGGUUGAAGGUGAUGACGAUGAUCGUGAUGUGAUUAGCGCUCGUAAUAAUGAUCACGUAGAGAGAGAGAGAGAGAGAGAGAGAGAGAGAGCGAGAGAGUGAGAGAGUCGUGCAAUGAGACGGUUGCGAUCGCGUGCUUCCCCGUCGGCGAGAAGGACGCUGCGAAAAAAAAAAAACACGCGAAGAUGAGUACGCGCUACCGGUGAGAGGUCGCGUGUGUGGGCACGUUUGCUGCAGCCGCUAUUAUGCCACGAGUGCUCGAUUUAAUGAGCGGGUUGCUGAUGAUACGAUUAUCUGUUUUUUUUCUUAAUUCAUCUGUUUGGAGGUUUUAUCUUAUUUGAAUUUUGUGGCGUUGUGCGUGGACAAGGGGGUAGAAAACAGAUCUACGUGCCGGGUGGAAACUGUUUGAUAAGAAAAUCGUGCCCGGGGGGUAGGCCUUCCAGCCGAUUGGCUUUGGAGGCUAGUUUGUUUCGGUGCGGUUACAUACAUUCACGGUUAACCUCGAUCGAUUUUACGGCCCAUUAGACUACGUACUCCACCAGUCGUCCACAUCAGUAUCGACCGUGUGGAAGAUGGUGCGAAAGAAAAACCGUUGAACAUUACCACAGCACAUGGAGUGGUUGGUGAAAACAAUGAAAAAUGCAAAUCAAGUGUUCAAUACUUUUCGGACAUUCCUUCGACCGGAGAUGUGUUGUGUUUCCGGGUUACGACCGGUGAAGGUUGUGUGUACCCGUGCAUUUGGGGGUAUUGGGGGCUUGAGAGGUUUUUCGUAUAAUUUCCGAGAUGAUCACCAAGGUCACCAGCAUUAAGUGAAUCUUAAUUUGAAGCACUUCCAAUAAAGCUUCACUUA